AUGCCACUGUGUCCACGAAAAUAGAAUAUGGAGAAUGCACAGUUACAUGUGGGAUUGGCAUUCGAGAAGUUCUGUUAACCAGUGGAUGCCCUGCAGCUGAAACAAAAUGUAUUAUCGGUGUGGAGGAAUGCGAGGGGCCAGUAGACUGUGGAUGGGGAACACCAAUUUCUAAGGGCUCUGAGUGCGUGAAGAUGCCGUGUAUUUAUAUACCUCCUGAAAAUCGAUUUAAAUACAUUUGGAAGAAGUUAAUUCAAAACCAGACAGCACAUACUCUUCCCAAUGAUACAUCUAUUAUGGAAGUUUGCAGAGAUAACCAAUCGGUUACUUACCAGUGUGAAACUCGAAGAAGAAAAAAAGGAAGUACCAUUGCUUCUGUAAAAUACGCAGUCCACGCAACAACUGAAAUGCAAGCAGAAGAAUCAAAGAGAAUACAAACAGGGCACUCAAGGAAAAAGACAGAUGCUAUUCUGAUCUUUUGCCUUGUAAUUGGAAUCAUCGCGACUGUUGGUGUGAUCUCUGCCAUGAUCUUUAUGAUUCUUCACUGGGGUGUUGUCAAAUCUUUUUGGAAAUCAAAAUCUGGGCAAGACAACCAAGAGAAGCUGACCAACAAAAGAUCACUGCCUAACCUGGAAUAAAUAGGCCCGUCUCCCAAGGUCCACAGUGGCCUUUUAAGGAAUUGGAGUCUCUACCUGCACCUACAGUGUUCUCACCAUCUGCAAAAGCCAUAAUACAAGAAGUGGCAGAGCCACUCGCAUAAUAAAAAAAAGUACAGAUUACAUAGAAAUAUGAUAUAAAGAUUAAAAUAUGUCUGAAAUACUGGUUUUAAGAAAUACUUUUUACAGUU